UCGCAAGGAGGAGCAAGGUGGGAAAGAAAAGGGAGGAGAACUGGCGCGAGAAUCAAAAUUCCCAAAUGAAAAAAAGGGGAGGACUUUUUUAAAAAGACUGGGAGCUUGGUGGCUGUGGCUUACAUUUGCAGCGACGCUUUUGAUUGAGAUAAUGGUCACUAGCCCAAAUUCAUAGAAGAGAGAAAAUGUUGCAUCAGAGGGACGAUUCCUAAACUCGGUGAUUUGCUCUAGUCCCCCAAUCUUGUAAUUCAGGUUUGGACUUUGGAAAUACAAUAUUUAAGGACUUGAAUUAAGGCAAGAAGAACAUGAGCUCAUCAGCAAUAGAGCCAGAGGCACCUGACCUGGUGUGCCAGCUUGACAAUGUCCAAGGGAUGGUUGAUGCUUUCUCUGCAGUUCGAUGGAAACGCCAACAGGAUGCUGUGGUGGAAUUAUCAGAGCAUGGCAUUGUUUUGAUAGUUGAGGAGAUUGGUUGUCUUCAAGCUAAAGUUUAUCUCCAAAAGGAGCUUUUUGUCCAAUACCAAUAUAAUGCUCAAGGGCGGCCUAGAUUUGGAGUGAGCUUAGGGCUUUUUGUUGAUUGCUUGAACACAUUUUCAGUUCCUGGACAUUCAACUGCAAUUGAAAUUCAAUAUCCUGGACCGGACAUGCAGCUUCUUCUCAAGUCUGUUGAUUCACUUGAUGCCUGUAUUUAUGCGGAAAUCAGGACAAGAAUUCCAGAUACAUUUUCAUGGGACUACAACUUUGAACCUGCGGGAACUACACCAUUAAGUUUUACUGUUAAGUCUGCAGCAUUGAAGGAAGCUAUUGAUGAUCUUGAAUGGCCAGGAUCCAGCAUCCAGAUUAUUCUAAAACCAGUACCCCCGUCUGUAACCUUCAGAGGUGAAGGCCAUGGAGACUUGCAGAUAGAGUUCAUGUAUUACGUAAAUACCGAUCUGUUAAUUGCAUUUCAUUGUGACCAUGAAGUCUCUUACAGGUAUAAAUACAAGUUCCUUCGAGCAACAACGUCUAAUAUACCCAGCAGUGUUAUUAAAGACAACAGAGGAAGCAAACUGACCAUUGGGAGAGGUGGAAUGUUGAAAGUUCAGCAUCUGGUUUCAGUUGGAAGAUCAUCUAUUGCACAUCCCCAUGUGGAUGCUGCUGGCUAUCAACAACCUAGCCGAAUAGCUUUUAUUGAGUUCUUUGUGAGGCCUGAGGAAGAUGAAAGCACCAUAAAUAAUUAACAGGUUUUUUAUUUCCUUUUUUAUUUCUAUUUUUUUUAUAACAAUCAUCAUUCAUUAAUGGCUAGCAGAGGAGUCAUCUGCAACACAUUGGAGGCCUCGUAGGCAUACAUAGCAAAGACGACUAGGUACUGGCCGUGGGCCUUUUACUGCCACAUUCUGGUUGUCCUACUGCUGUUUUAUCUUUCUGCUUUGAGGUUCUAAAUGAUAAUCCAGUACAGACAUAAUCACUUCUCUUUUAUAGCAACUAUAUGCCAAUAUCAUCCUCUCAAAUCGUCUUAUUUUGUUUUUAUUCCUCGUGAAGUGAAUCCAGUUGAACAUCAUAUUUGUCAAUUUUUUAAGAAGCUUGAUCAUAGUGUUUUGGGUUGAAGAUGCUCUUGGUGUCAUAUGGUUCUUGUCCAGAAUGAUGAAACCUUGCUUUCAGCUUGUUUUC